GUCUUGGAAAUGACAUCUGGUCUGUCCGAAUGUUUAACUCAGGUCCAAGGAUCUCGGACUAACAUGUCACAAUUCCCUGGGCUGAUAUACUAACUACUUCGUAUUACAGCAUGGAAGCCAUUGAAGAAUCCAGCGCGUCUGCGCUACGGACGCUUUCCUUGGCGAAGGAAACGGACCGCAAAAAAACCACGACAGCUCCAAACUCAUUGAAAGAACUCAUCAGAGAGCUGCACAACGUGUUUUCAUCCGAUCGUGUGGACAUUGACUACGUGAAACAUCUCAUGUCCCAGUUUAAAAGCGUGAAAAAGGAGUGGAAAAAGUACGCCAAGUUUGACCCUUUUAGGUACACCAGAAAUCUGGUGGACUCUGGCAAUGGGAAGUUUAACCUGAUGAUCCUCUGCUGGAACGAGAGUCAGGGUAGCAGCAUUCACUCUCACGCCAACUCCCACUGCUUCCUCAAGGUCAUGCAAGGUUCCGUCAAGGAGGAAAUGUACGACUGGCCAAAGGAUACAGAUCACGACCUUGACACGGAGGUCACUGACGGGGUCAGUGAGAAAAUGGUGCCGCGUGAGAUCAUGAUACACGAAAGCGAGGCUGUGACUUACAUUAACGAUGACAUCGGCCUUCAUCGCGUGGAGAAUCCGAGUCACACAGACCCGGCCGUCACUCUCCACUUGUAUUCUCCACCAUUCGAUGCUUGUGACACUUUCGACCAAAGAACCGGGCGGAGGAGAGCGUCCAUCGUGACGUUCUACAGCCAGAAGGGAAGGCGCACACCAUUUAUUCCAUCAUCUGUAGAGAAACAACAACAACAGGCUGAAAACAACUAGCAGUCUACCUUGGGACGACGGUAAACACCACAGAUCCUAUGCCACAGAUCAGACAUAUGAACCUGGCUUGAAUUUCAACCAUUUAUUUUUCUAGAAAUGUGUAAACAAGAGAACGGAUACGAUUAGUACUGAAUGUAAAGGGAACGCCACAAAAUAUGUCACAGUUUUGACAUUUACAUGUGUAUAUGUAUGCUACUGCUUCGGCUUUCACUUGUUUGUUAUUUAAUACAACUGUAACAGUAACAAGAGAAGACAAC